AUGAAAAUUUUUAAACAAUUGUUUUGUGCUUUGUUGGUGGUGGGUGCCGUUGCUGCCCGAGCCAAGAGUUGCUCCCAGAGCUACGAGUGUGGAACUCAGCCAUUCGCUCAUUGCUACAAUAUGACUGCCAAGCAUAUGCUUCCGGGAUUCGGUUUGGACAAUGGACAACACACCAUUAAUUUCAUCAACAAUCUGGGUGCCGUCGAUAACAGACCGGACGGUGCUUCUUUCUUUGGUCGUGUCUCUAUGGACGGUGGUGAAUUCGAGGUGAUCGAAGAGAUCGAAUCCGAUGCCAACGUUCAGAAUGGACAGCGUGUCGUUCAAAUGUACAACUAUCUCGAGAGCAAGCAUAUCCCAUACGUCGUCAACAGCAAGGCUACCGCUGGCAACGCCGGAAUCGGUCCAUACGCCAACCAUGUUUUCACCCAAGUCUGGUCGGUCCUCUCUGUCUACCUGGGAAUGGCAUUCGACGAGAAGAACAACAUUAUGUACAGCUGCGAUCUCGAUAUCAGAAAAUACAACAAGAUUCCAAUGACCUUUGAGGAUCGUCGUGAUAACACUACCAUGUACACCGGACAGACCUGCAGUGGAAUGUCAUACUACAACGGCAAGCUCUACUUCUCUGCCAAUAGUGCCGCCGGAACCAGCUUCUACCAAGCCGACACCACCUGUGUAAACUGCGACAAGUCCAAGUUGUCUGCUAUCUUCAACGAAUCGAGCUACAUCCACGGUAUGACCUCAAGCGAUACCGAUAUCUUCUAUACUAGCUCGACCGGCAUCUACCAAGUCAGUCUCGCCAACCCAUCCACCAAGAAGCAAUUGUCGUCCGACACCAAAGCCGGUACCAUUAAAUACAGUGAAGGUUUCGUCUACUACCAGAACGACAAUCAAAUCAUCAGUAUCGAAGUUGCCACCGGUAAGACCAAAGUUCUCUACGACACCGCAACAGUUGCCCGUCAAAAUCAAUGCUAUUGUGCUACUGGAUUCAGUGGUGAUCAAUGUGAAACCUGCAGCGGUAGAAUUCAAUGGAAUAACGGUAUCCCCAAGUGCUAUCGUGAGAACCAACCACUCUUCUGUGUCCAAGACUACGAAUGUGGAAACGUUCCAUUCACUCUCUGUAACUACGGAACCUGUUCCUGUAGAAACAACUUCUAUGGUGCUAAAUGUGAUCAAUGCGAUUAUCACAUUAUCUGGGAAAAUGGAAUACCAGUAUGUGAAAAGAAUCCAACUGCCUAA